AUUGCGCAUGCGGUGGUACGUCUGUGAUUUUCUUUUCCUCCCCCUCUGGACUUGGUUGAUUUUUGAUUCCUGUGUCAAGUACUUUUUGUUCCACGGACUGUUCUUGUUUUCUAUCAGGAUUUCGAGUAUCUUUUUAUGAGUAACCAAAAGCAGCAGAAGCCUACACUAACAGGCCAGCGCUUCAAAACUAGAAAAAGAGAUGAAAAGGAGAAGUUUGACCCUGCCCAGUUUCAGGAAAGCGUCGUUCAAGGUUUGAAUGAAAGUGGCACUGAUUUGGAAGCUGUUGCAAAGUUCCUUGAUGCCUCUGGAGCCAAGCUUGACUACCGACGGUAUGCUGAGAUCCUCUUUGAUAUCUUGGUGGCUGGUGGAAUGCUGGCUCCAGGGGGUACUUUGUCAGAGGAUGUGAGCUGCACAGAGUUCUGUCUUUUCAAAGCACAAGAAGACAUGGAGACCAUGCAGGCAUAUGCACAGGUCUUUAACAAACUCAUCAGGCGUUACAAAUACUUGGAGAAAGGCUUUGAAGAGGAGAUUAAAAAGCUGCUGCUGUUUCUCAAGGGCUUCACAGAGUCCGAGCGCAACAAGCUGGCCAUGCUAACAGGAAUUCUGCUGGCUAACGGCAAUAUCUCUGCAUCCAUUCUCAGCAGCCUCUUCAAUGAAAACCUGGUCAAAGAAGGUGUUUCAGCAAGCUUUGCUGUGAAACUCUUCAAAUCCUGGCUUAGUGAAAAGGACAUCAACUCUGUUUCUGCCAGUCUGCGAAAGGUCGCCAUGGACAACAGGCUCAUGGAGCUGUUUCCUGCCAACAAGCGGAGCUGUGAGCACUUCUCAAAGUACUUCACAGAUGCUGGACUCAAGGAGCUUUCAGACUUUGCAAGGAACCAGCAGUCCAUAGGGGCUCGCAAAGAGUUGCAGAAAGAUCUGCAAGAGCAGAUGUCACGUGGUGACUCGCUUAAGGAUAUCAUCGUCUAUGUCCGCGAGGAAAUAAAGAAGAGCAAUAUCUCUGAGCAGACGAUGAUCGGACUAAUUUGGUCCAGUGUGAUGAGCCUUGUGGAGUGGAACAAGAAGGAGGAGCUCGUCACAGAACAAGCCAUCAAACAUCUAAAGCAAUACAGCCCUCUGCUGAAGGCUUUUACCAACCAGGGUAUUUCUGAGCUCACCCUCCUGCUGAAGAUCCAAGAGUACUGUUACGACAACAUCCACUUCAUGAAGGCCUUCCAAAAAAUUGUUGUACUCCUCUACAAAGCUGAUGUCUUGAGUGAAGAAGCAAUUCUGAAGUGGUACAGCGAAGCCCACGUACCCAAAGGAAAAAGCAUUUUCCUUGAACAGAUGAAAACAUUUGUUGAAUGGCUUAAGAACGCAGAGGAAGAGUCCGAGUCUGAGGGAGAAGAGACAGACUGACAUCUGACUGUUUGCAUUUAAUUAGUCACACAUUACCAGUUGGUUAUGUUACAGAUAUCUCUUUUAAUCAUUUCUCUUCUACCUCUUCUACUGUAAAAUCAAAUUGAGAUCUGCCAUAAAGUAAGGGCUGUAACAUCUUUUUAUUAUUGACAUGUUUUCUAAAGCAAUACAUCUCUUCAGGGCAGUGUUGCAUUGAACUAAAUUAUAUGAAACCUCUUUCAUGUGUCAAAGGGACUUUUUCAAAAUGUUGCUCUUUAAUUUGAUCCAGUUUCGAGGCAACUCUCACAGCCUUUGUAUUUAGUCAUGGACCUCUUGUUUGUUUGCCAGAGGUUCAUCUGUGUCCUCUUGAUAUUUUAGGCCUCUGAAAGGCAAACUAUUUUACUAAAAUCCUUUUGCACAGGACAACUUUGAAUUAAAUGCCAGUUUUUAAAUUUUCUCUGUCAGUGAUUAUGGAGCUAUUAAUGUUGAAUAGUAGCUGUGUUGAUGGUAAUACCCUAUGAAAUUAAUUGUUUCAUACAUUUUCUGUAACAGAGCCACGGUACCUUUGUGGGUUUAAUACUUUUAUCCUGCAGUUUGACUUUUUAAAAUAAAUCUUGUUU